AUGGCUCGCAAGUUUUUCGUCGGCGGCAACUUCAAGAUGAACGGGUCUAUCUCGUCCAUCAAGGAGCUUGUCAACAACUUGAACAACGCUACUCUCGACCCCAACGUCGAGGUCGUCGUUUCUCCUUCCUACCUGCAUCUGCUCCUCGUGCGUGAGAACCUCCGCAAGGAGAUUGAGGUCGCCUCCCAGAACGUCUACGAUAAGCCCAAUGGCGCCUUCACCGGCGAGGUCUCCGUCUCCCAGCUGAAGGACAGCGGCAUCAACUGGACUAUCCUGGGCCACUCCGAGCGCCGCACCAUCCUCCGCGAGAGCGACGAGGUUGUUGCCGCCAAGACCAAGUACGCCACUGAGAACGGCGUCAGCGUCAUCUGGUGCUGCGGCGAGUCCCUGGAGGAGCGUGAGGCCGGCAAGACCAUCGACGUGGUCAGCAAGCAGCUCGCCGCCCUCAAGGCCCAGAUUUCCGACUGGUCCAAGAUUGUCAUCGCCUAUGAGCCCAUCUGGGCCAUUGGCACCGGCAAGGUUGCCACCACUGAGCAGGCUCAGGAGGUCCACAAGGCCAUCCGAGAGUGGCUCAAGACCAACGUCAGCGACAAGGUUGCCGACGAGACUCGCAUCCUGUACGGUGGCAGCGUCAACGAGAAGAACUGCGGCGAGCUCAGCAAGCAGCCCGACAUUGACGGUUUCCUCGUCGGCGGUGCUUCUCUCAAGCCUGCUUUUGUCGACAUCAUCAACUGCCAGAAGCAGUAA